CGCAAUCCGCUCCUCCUUCCUUCUCCCCUGCCAAACCCUAAACCCUCUCGCUUUCCUGCCGUUGCUUUCUAUCUUUCUCAGUAUCUAUCUCGAUUCAUUUGGACGAAAAAGGAGGAAGAGCAGAAGUAGGCGGUUUGGAAUCUGAAAAUUCUGAAGAUUUUGGGUCUUCUGCUCCAUCCAUAUGGUAAACGUGGAAAGCACGUUUUGUGAUCUGGACUGCUGAUCUGGUGGGCCACCAUGUGGAUUUCCAUACUCUAGACGCUCAUCUUUCUGAUCUGUCCUUUAGAUGGGCCCUCAUAUCACUGUGCGUCCCAGGAAGGUUUCAACAGAUAUUUUGUGAAAGGGGAUGGGUAAGGCAAAGGGUGGUUCCAUAUUCAUCAGGCUUGUUUCGGCUGCUGGUACUGGGUUCUUUUAUGUUAAGAAGAAGAAUCCUCGGAAGAUGACGGAAAAGCUUGAGUUCCGGAAAUACGACCCUCGGGUGAAUCGCCAUGUCCUGUUUACAGAGCAAAAGAUGAAAUGAAAGCUCCUUCAUGAACUCCUUUUUCAAUCUGCCUCCAAACAGACAUGUCUUUCAGAUGGUUCCAUUUUAUCACUGUUUUGAAUUCCAUCGGUUCGACCCUGUUUCGAUUCAUAUUACAGUUUACAUCAAUGGUUAUGAUAAGCUCCUUUUUGUGAUGUCUGGUUGCCUUUCUCCCAGUUACCAAGGCGGCAUAUGAUUAAUCAAAAUGGAUUCUGAACUA